AUGCCUGGCAUUGAACAGACCGGGUCUCUUAUCGAGGCCAAUGUGAUUGAGGAAGCCUCGAACCUUGAGAUAUUCGAUGUCAAAGGCGCGCAAGUCCGAUUUGGGUCCAUUUUUGAGAACGAGAAAGCAGUUGUGGUGUUCAUCAGACAUUUCUUCUGUGGGCAAUACGUGUCCCAGCUCGCCAGUGUCCGUCAAGACGCAUUGAAAGAUGCUGGUGUUAAGAUAGUCGUCGUAGGCUGCGGCGAAUGGAAACUCAUCGAUAAUUAUAAAGAAACAACGAGCUUUCAAGGUGACAUUUAUGCUGACCCCACGCGCAAGCUCUACCAUGCCCUCGGCAUGACAAUCGAAACCCUAAACCAAACACCUGCUGGUCAGGAGAAGCGCAGCUAUCUCCAAGACGGCUUAUUUACAAACGUCCUGAAGAGCAUCAAGCGAGGACCGUUGAAGAACCCGAUGCACAUUGGUAAACAAGGGAAUCUGUCUCAGCUUGGAGGCGAGUUUGUAUUCGGACCAGGUUCUCAAUGUGUCUUUUCAUCGCGCAUGCAACACACCGAGGACCAUGUCGAAGUGACAGAUCUAAUGAAGGAGGUCGGUGUUGCAUUCCCUUAA